CACCUAUGUCUAUGAAUACCACUCCAUCUACGACUCCAUUAGCGAAUAAACUUCCUUUACAGCAGCCGCAGCCGCAGCAGCAGCAACCACCACCACCCUCUCAUUUGGGUAAUCAUCCCAAUAUGAUGUAUUCUAAUACGAUCAUGUCCCACCCAGGAAUGCAGCAGCAACAACUGCCCCCUCAGCAGCAAGCCAUGAGAAAUAAUGGUUAUAUGAAUCCUUAUGUGAACCAACAACCACAGCAACCUCAACAGCCACUACAGCCCAAUGGUUUUCCUAUGCUAGCGCCUCACCAAUUGCAGCAACUGUCGCCACAGCAACUUCAGGCCUAUCAACAACAAAUGCAACAGCAUAUCCAGCGUCAACAACAACAGCAGCAAAUGAUGAUGCAACAACAAGGCUUUGAUCCUCGCUACCAACAACAGUAUCAAAUGCAAGGAAUGCCACCACCACCACCAGCACAACAACAACAGCAACCGCUUCCCGCUCAUCCUCAUCAUCCUCAUCAGCAAAUCAUGAUGCGUCCCAUGCAUCCACAGCAGUUGCAACAAAUGCAGCACUUGCAGCAAAUGCAACAAUAUCGUCAACAUUAUCCUCAACAGAUACAUACUCAGCCUGUCGCUGAACGUCCUAAACGACCCGUCCGAAAUGCUUCAAAGAAGAAACGUUACGAAAUGUCAUCUGAUGAGGAAGACGAUUUUGAUCUUGAAGAGGAUGAAGAAUCGGAAUCGAGUGAGUUCAAUGAUAGUGACGACGAAGGCCAUUCCAAAAAGAAGUCGGCUGGAACACCAGCGACUGGAGAUGCAGAAGAAGAUGGUGUCAUGAUUCCUAUGGGCACGAAAGUGUUUGAGCGUAUUUUAGAUUAUCGAAGAAACGAAGAGACAAAUAAGGAAGAGUUAUUGAUCAAAUACAAAAACACCAGUUUUCUGCAUGUCGAAUGGGUGCCUCUGAAACAGAUUGAAGGCGAGCAUUUAGGCAAACAUCGUGUUAAAAAGUUCUUGCAAAAGUACCACCAAGAAGGAGAAAAAGGUGAAGAUUUUUCAGAACACUUGAAGAUCGAUAGAGUCAUUGAUGAUGGCGAAUUGGAAGAUCCUACCACUGGAGAAAGUCGAAUCUACUACCUUGUGAAGUGGAAUGGCUUGUUUUACGAUCAAUGUACUUGGGAAACAGAGGAAGAUGUACGUAGAAUAGAUAGUGUUUUGCUCGAUGAAUUCUUGUCACGGAAGGUGAUUUCUCCCGAAAAACUCGCACCACCACCUGCACGCCCUGAUCCGAGUCGAUUUAUUGAAUAUGCUGACUCACCACCUUACAAAUAUGACAACAAGCUACGACCCUAUCAGUUAGAAGGUCUGAAUUGGUUGAGAUUUUGUUACUAUACUUUCAGAUCGUGUAUUUUGGCUGAUGAAAUGGGCUUGGGAAAAACCGUACAAUCUGUUGCCCUUUUGAACGAUAUAUACAAUGCCAUUCAAAUUCGUGGACCUUUCCUUAUCAUCGCUCCAUUGUCCACUAUCCCUCAUUGGACUCGUGCUUUUAAAGCAUGGACUGAUCUCAAUGUCAUUGAUUUUCGCGGUAGUACUCUCGCUCGUAGCCUCAUUGUCGAGACCGAAUUCUUUUAUCAGGACAUGGAAGGUAAAAAUAUUCCCAACAAGUACAAGUUUGAUGUGCUUAUUACCACAUAUGAAAUGGCAUCUGCCGGAGCCAUGACCCUGAAAGACAUUCCUUGGCGUUGUGGCGUUUUCGAUGAAGCGCAUCGUCUCAAAAACAAAAAUUCUAAAGUACUCGAAAUUUUGAGAACAUUUUACAUGGAUCACAAGUUAUUGUUGACAGGCACACCUCUUCAAAACAAUCUGGGUGAAUUAUACAGCUUACUUAACUUCAUGCAACCGGAAAUUUUCAAUGAUGAAGCACGCUUCUUUGCUGAAUACGGUUCACUGAAUACAGCUCAAGAAGUGGAAAAGCUGCAAUAUUUGUUGAAGCCCAUCAUGUUGAGGCGUUUCAAAGAAGACGUAGAAAAGACCAUCCCUGUUAAGGAAGAAACUGUUAUUGAAGUUGAAUUGACAAAUCCUCAAAAGAAAUGGUAUCGUGCUAUUUUAGAAAAGAACUUUAGCUUCUUAAGGAAAGGAUCCAAAUCGAAUAAGGACAUGCCUCACCUUCGUAAUAUUAUGAUGCAACUGCGUAAAUGUUGUAUUCAUCCUUAUCUGUUAGAAGGCGCUGAAGAUGUCAUUGCUGGCGAAAGUAACGCUCAUACACCUGCUGAGCAAUUUAACUGCCUUGUGCAAUCAUCCGGUAAAUUGGUAUUGAUUGAUAAGCUCUUGAGAAAGUUGAUUCAGGGCAACCAUAAAGUCCUCAUCUUUUCUCAGUUCACUAGUUGUUUGGAUAUUCUUUCUGACUAUCUACGAGGCCGAAAAUAUGCGUAUGAACGUAUUGAUGGCAGUAUCCCUGGUGAACAACGUCAAGCUGCUAUUGAUCGAUUCUCGACCUUGCCUAUUGAAGAAUCUUUUGUCUUUUUACUUUGUACCCGUGCUGGUGGUGUAGGUAUCAACUUGACAGCUGCUGACACCUGUAUUAUCUUUGACAGUGAUUGGAACCCUCAAAAUGAUUUGCAAGCUCAAGCCCGUUGUCACCGUAUCGGUCAAACCAAACCAGUUCAAAUAUAUCGACUGAUCUGUGCCAACACCUACGAAAAGGACAUGUUUGAUCGUGCCGGUAUGAAACUUGGCCUUGAUAAAGCUGUCAUGGGCACUCAUGAUGACGGCUCUACCAACAAGACAGCAGAACUCAAUCGAAAAGAAAUUGAAGAUCUGCUUAAAAAAGGUGCUUACGGUGCUAUGCUGGACGAGGAAGAGAGUACCAAGUUUUGCGAAGAAGACAUUGACCAAAUUCUUGAACGUCGCACAAAGAUUAUCAAGCAUGAAGGCAACGAAAAGGGCUCCGUUUUCUCUAAAGCUACUUUCUCGGCUGCUGAUAACGAUACAGCCGGUGUAGAUCUGGAUGAUCCUGAUUUCUGGGAGAAAUGGGCAGCCAAAGCUCAAAUUGACACCACAGAAACUCCUGAAGAAAAUCCUCUGAUUGUAUCCGUACCACGUCGUAGGCGUCAAGUACAACGUUUUGGAUCGCGUCAGCACGAUGGUUCUUACUCGGACAACUCGGAUGAUUCCGACGCUGCCUACGAGGAUGAGGAUAGCACCACGGGUCGAUCCUCUCGUCGGGGCCGUAACAGUGACCAAGUUCGCCCUUGGACUUUGUCUGAAAAGACAAAAUAUGAGCGUAAACUGAUGAUCUACGGUUAUGGUGCCUGGGAUCAGAUGACGGUUCAUUUCUCUCGUCGUUCUGAAAAAGAUUUGAAGGCUGUGACCCGAGCGCUCAUGCGUAAAGUAUUGCCUACGUUAGAGAAUGCGAAAAAGAUCAGUGAGGAAGACCGCAAAUUGAUUGAUGAUAUCGAAGGUAUUUUGGAAAAUGAUGCUGAUGAUGAGGAGAAACGAAGCAGUGAUUCCGUCCCUUAUGCUGGUGCCACCAAGAAACAGAUCGCGGAGUUCAAAUCAUUUUUGAUCCAGGCACCGCCUGAAUACAUUGAUCACAUUGAGCGUAAGGGCCGAAACCUUCUCCUGCGUAUCCAAAUGCUUCACCUCAUCCGUGAUAAAAUUGUGCCUCAGGAUUGGGAAGAAGCAAAGGCUUUGGAAAUUCCUAAAGUGACUGGGUCGCCCCCUGCUAGCUGGUGGGGCUCUAAAGAAGAUCGUGAUCUCUUAUUGGGUAUAUGUAAACAUGGCUAUCAACAAUAUUUGGCUAUGCGUAAUGACCCUGAAUUCUGCUUCUACGGUCGAAAGUACGAUGACAGCCAGUCAGGUGGUCUAGAAGACGAUGACGGUCCUACUGCUGAUAAUAGUCGACAAGGCUCUGUCGAAGCUGUUAGUAAACGACCCGCCACCACCAAGAAAGUAUACGGUGUAAAGCAGGAUGAUGAUGACAGUGAUUACGAAGAUAAAAAAGAUCGCGAUUACGAGUCAGAAGAUGAAGAGUACGAAGAGGAUAUGGAAGAAGAAGAGUUUGAAGGCAAGAAACGCAGAAGACGCAGAAAAGUCAACAGACAACCGAAGGUUUAUGUGUGGCCUUCCAAAGCAGAUAUUGGUAUGCGUUUGCGUCGUAUUAUCGCAGCAUUUUUGAGGGAAAAGGCAAGCGAUUCACGUAAACGUCGCAUGCAGGAAAACAGACUGAAGAAGGAAAAUGAACGACAAACACGUCAACGCCAACGUGAAACAAGAAUGGCACAAAAAGAACGAGGAGGUAGACGCGGUGAUUGGUCCAAUCGCUGGACAAAGAAGAACAAGAGUGAUUUCCUCAAAACGCUCAUGUCUUUUGGAGUAGAGCGGGAUGGUGAGGAUGGUCUCAAAUGGGACCGAUUUAGAGAAAUCGCAGGAUUAGACAAGAAGUCGGAUGAAGCAUUGACAAACCAUUAUAGAGAGAUUAUGGCCUCUUGUGAAGAAUCAGUCAAGCGUCAUUCUGCCGAAAACGCUAAUAAUGCUACAGCUUUGUCAUCCACAAAUGAGGUCAAUGUCAGUGAAGGAGCAGGUGCUGAAGACACCCCAGUUUCUUCUCCUAAAGAGAAUGCAGAGGAAGCCACUAGCCGUGAAGCUAGUUUAGAACCCAACGACGAUAAUGAUGCCAAUGAAACUGGUGACUUGGUGCCUUUUGACAAAGCAAGACGUUCUAUAAAGCGUGUAGAACAAAUGAAUACUAUUCGUGAAAAAGUGAUAACCCAUGAAGAUUUGGAUAGCGUCCUCAGUAAAGCCAGAAAGACAUCCGGUCUUCCAAAUUGGUGGGAGGUACCUAAACACGAUAAAGCUUUACUAGAGGGUAUUUGUAAGCACGGUAUUGGACGUAACGAUUUGAUUAUUGAAGAUCCUGAACUCCCAUUUUAUCAUGUUAAGCAACGUUUGGAUGGCGAAGCUCAACAAGAGGAAAAUGCAGAGAGCGAUAAGAAAGAAAAUGGUGCAGAGAAAGAUGAUGCAGAAUCGACGUCGACCAUUGCAACAGGCAACAAUAUCAGCAACAGUGCAUUUGUCUGGCCAAGGGAUCUCGUUAUUGCUCGUCGUGUAGAUUCCCUUUGUGAUUUGGUUCUUAAUCCUAAACCAUUAACCAUCCGUCAAACAAGAAAACGUAGACACGCUGCUGCUACUGGUGAAACCGAUGAACAGAGAAAGAAAAUGAAAAGUUUGGACAGCAAUGCUAUUGUUGACAAAGAUGCUAUCGAAAGUGAAGAAGACGAUGAAAAUAAUGACGAUGAAACUGAGACGGCGGACGAAGAAAGCUUUAUCUUACCUACUGCUGCUGAAGCUGAAAAGAGAACGGAAGAACAGCAGACUGAAAAUGUUAAAGGCGAAGAUCACCUGAUGGAAGAAGCGAAAGAAGGGAUGCCUGAACUUACAGAAGUAAAAGGAGCCGUGGACGUUGAUAGCAAACCAAAUCAAAAUCAAUCCGAAAUGGAGAAGGAAGAAACUGAAACUACUGAUGUUGUUGGUAAUGCUGAGAAUAACAGUGUGAAGACGGAAAAUAUCGAACAGGUCAAGUCGUUGACACAGGAUGUAUCGCCUAGCGUAUCCGAUGCACCUGAAGUAAAGACAUUGGACAGCGAGGAUAUUGAAAUGAAAGAAGUUAACGCUGAAGAAGAGCAUCAGCCCAACUUUAGCAACAACGAAAGCAAUGAACAAACAGAGAAUGUAGAGCAAGGCAGCAAUAACGUUAAUGCUACUGCCAGCACGCCCGCAAAUACCAUUGCUCCCAUGUAAAUUCUAGUCUGCAAGGUUGAUCAUAGCCAAUAUCCUUAUCUGUUAUCCCUCGAUUCUUGAUCGCGCUGCUGCUUCCAUUAUUAUACACAUACUAUCAUUUCUCCGCCCUUAGAUCUCUUGUAUAGAAGCCUUUACAUUGAUCCCCAUACUUACUUCUUAAUUAUUUUGCACUCGUACUUUUUGUUUACAUGUACUUUUUGUUUAUAAUAAAACUUCUAUUUAUAUUUAAUGCUUUCAAG